UCCAUUGCUUCCAGAAGCGAGAGAGAGCUCCUCCCCCCUUUCCCCCUUCACGCUCCGGCUUCUAGAAGCUUCCUUUCCUAUCCUCGUGAGUCCGAAGCUCUCCUCGGCGGCGUCAGGUGGUCAGGUGCCGCCUCAUCCGCCGCCGCCGCCGCUGCCGCGGCGUCCUCAGUCUCCCGGAGUCCGUGCUUCGGUGUGAGCUGGGGGUCAGAAGCUGUCGGGGUCGCCUGCCUCGCGAUCUCGCCUUCUCUUCGUCGUCGGGGUGAUCGCGCGGUUCGCGUUUCUGGCUCUUUCGGGUUCCUUUCAGAUGCACGAGCCCUCCGGUGUCUGCCUCCUCCUCUCCGUUUGAUUUGAUUGCCUCCGCUGCUGCCGCUGUUAGGUGCGCGAGAAGCCGAGACCUCGUGAUGGGUUGAACUGAAGCGUUGCUCACAGGAUUAGAUUGCGCUUGCCUGAUUCGCACGCUUAAGCCGUGACUGCAAUCUCGCUGAUUUGGGGACCUUGUGCUUAGAAAUCCACCAUUUUUGUAGUACUACAUGGGCUAUCUUUGGUUGGUGGCUCUAGUUCUUGCUUGAGGUGAGGUACUGCCGCUGGUGAGUGUUGAGCUGUUACUGUUAGCUGCCAUGGACUACAGCAUGGUGAACCCGGUGAAGGCGGAGAGCCGGCUGUCGUCAGGCGAGGCGAAUGGGCAGCAACCGAGGCCGAUGGACGGGCUCAGCGACGCCGGCCCGCCGCCGUUCCUCACCAAAACGUACGACAUGGUGGACGAUCCGAGGACGGACGCCGUCGUGUCGUGGAGCGCCACCAACAACAGCUUCGUGGUUUGGGAUCCUCACCUCUUUGGGAACGUGCUGCUGCCGAGGUACUUCAAGCACAACAACUUCUCCAGCUUCGUCCGGCAGCUCAAUACCUAUGGCUUCAGGAAGGUGGAUCCUGACAGGUGGGAAUUUGCAAACGAGGGUUUUCUAAGAGGACAGAAGCAUCUUCUGAAAAGCAUAAAGCGUCGGAAACCUCCACAUUCAUCUGCAAAUCAGCAAUCUCUUGGCUCAUUCCUUGAAGUAGGACAUUUUGGAUAUGACGGAGAGAUUGAUCAGUUGAAGAGGGACAAACAGCUGUUGAUGACUGAAGUGGUGAAGCUGAGGCAGGAGCAACAAAACACAAGGUCAGACCUGCAAGCGAUGGAAGAGAAGCUAGAAGGUACUGAGCAGAAGCAGCAGCAGAUGAUGGCAUUCUUGGCACGAGUCAUGCAUAAUCCUGAGUUUAUACGGCAGCUGUUCUCCCAGAGUGAGAUGAGGAAGGAAAUCGAAGAUUUCGUCUCAAAGAAAAGAAGGCGACGCAUCGAUCAGGGACCUGAACUUGAUAGCACGGGUACCGGUUCUAGCCCUGAGCAAGGAUCACAGGUCAUGUUCGAACCACAUGAUCCAGUGGACUCACUUUUCAAUGGUGUUCCAUCAGACCUUGAAAGCUCAUCCGUUGAGGCCAAUGGAAUUAAGGCACAACAGGAUGUUGCUUCCAGUAGCUCUGAACAAGGGAAAAGCGGGCCACCUAAUGGAGAGUUGAACGAGGAUUUCUGGGAGGACCUGCUGCACGAGGGGGGACUCGAUGAGGUCAGGAACCCUGCUAUUCAGGAUGAUAUGAGCUUGCUGUCUCAAAAGAUGGGCUACCUCAACUCAAACAGCACCAAAUCCACAGAGUAGUAGCUCUCAUCUGGUCUUGGUGCAGCUCCAACGAUCCUUUUGGGUACUUGUCAUCAAGCUUGUCACUAUACUUGUUUGUAUGCUUUGGGCAUGAUCAGUUGAGUAGGUCUCUCCUCCCCCAUGGUGAUGAUCUUAUGCUAGUAGCAUCAGCUGUACAUACUAUUGCCGCAAUAAUUACCGUCGUCUUAUGUUCAGAUUUGUGAAAUUACUAUUGGAUCUGAAUGUAUGAUACUUUGACAGUGGACUGGAGGGGUGCAUGUAUAUAUAAACGAUCUAACUAAAUGCAGUUGCAGUUAUAUAUGGUACUGAUGUAAUCAUGUAA